AUGAAAUAUGGCCACCGGCUAGUGGUAGUCCCGAUCGAGCAGGCGCGGCCAGCCUCAGGGCCAGUACGCACGCUGUCGCAAAAUUGGCUACUGGCCGUCGAGGCUGCGCAGCAGGGGUUCGAGACAAACCCACUCUACUACCUGCUGCACGAGCCAAUCUACUGCGACGGCCCGGGCGUCUCCUCGCGCUGGGCGGCAGAGCGCGUACAGGCGUCCCUCGGCCCGGCGUGGGACUACACGACGAGGCUGGAGGCCGGCGCCGAGCCGGUGCUCCUGACUGGCGAGAUGGUCUUCUCGUGGAUGGCGGACGACUAUGCGUGGCUGAGGCCGCUGAAGGGCGCGGCCAACUUGCUCGCCGCCAAGGAGGACUGGGGGCACGUGUAUAACCGCUCCGCCCUCGCGUCGGGCACGAGUCCGGUGGCGGCGCUGGUUGCGUAUGACGAUGUCUACGUGGAGCGCACCUUCUCAGAGGAGACAGCAGAACUUCUUGGCGGCUUCCCGCGCGUCCGUUUGUGGGUGAGCAACUACUUUCAGCACUCUGGCAUCUCGGACCACCCCGACGCCUUUCUCAAGCUGGACGAGAUGGGGCGGUGGGACGAGCCGCAGCUGGUGUGA